GGCAUCUGAUGGAUGAUAAAAUUAUAAAUCAUAAAUUAACUUGUACAAUUAAACCUUCUAAUAAACCUCUUGGGCUCUAAUAAGGGGGUUUUACUUACUAUACACACAUCAUACAUACACACAUACACACACACACACACACACACACUUACACACUUAUUACACACUUACACACUUACACACUUACACCCAACACUCAUUUGGCUUGCUUGCUGGCUUUCCCUUCAUUCCCUUUAACGUCCCUGCAUACCGUAUCAUUUUCUUCAAUCCUUCUGUUCUCUCUUUCUCUCUUUCUUCUUUCUUUGCGCCCAUUCUUCUCCUCGCCGUCAUUGUCGUUGUUGUUGUUGUUUGUUGUUGAUGCCCCAACUCGAAUCCCAAUCAUCAGUCCUGCACAGACAGAAUUCCCACAAAGUACACACAAAGUACAUAUCCCACAGCUAAAUCGCACAGGAUCCGUUUCCUUGAAAAAAAAUUAUUGGGCUUCUAUCGGCAUCCAUACAUACCGUCCGUAGUCUGUGGGUCAAGGGCAAAGUGUUUGAUGUGCUCACAGCAACACCGAGGGAAGGAAGUCAGUUUCAGCCCUUCCAAACGAAUCGAAAGAAGUGACCAGGGGGAGAAUAGACUUUGGCGAUAGAAGUGUGGGCAGUUGUUAGGUUCUCCAGAUUCUUCAGGAUCUCGCAACAGCAUUCACUGAUUCACAUACUUUUUUUGCCUCUCAAAAGUGGUGCGUUGAAAGAAAUCCAUAUUUCAACUGGCAAGUAUACACCCAAUCUCCUCCCUUCUCCCAUGCUUGCUCGUGAGGACGGCGAUAUUAGCUUGCACAUACAUUUGCGACUUUGGGAUCUGCCAGGAUAAUACUAAUAUUGGAACGACUUCUCAACCUGGAUUGACCAACCCUCGAACAAUUGGCAAAGAGCAUGAUGUGAAUGUUUACAAUACCUGAAGACAUUGAUGAUCACAACAAGAGACUUGGGAAGUAUUGGGACACGAAGAAAGUGUGAAGACAGUGCGAGAUAACGACAUUCAAUCAUGUCGUCAACUGGCAAAUCCUCCUUCUUCUCGAGGAAUAAGAAGGAUAAGAGGAACAACAGUGAUGAAGGACGACAACUUUCUUCUGCGGGUGCAGGAAACAACGACGCGGCGAGUGGUAGAGGAUCGCAAUCUUCACGGCACGCACGAAUGUCUUCUGUUGCCUCGGAAGAUGUUCCCGGAUCGCCUGGUGCAGAUUUGACGGGAAUCAAUACCAUGGCUGGUGUUAUCACUUCGAUUCCAUAUGAAAGCGUUAUGGCAGAUGGCAGGUCGCCAAUACCAGUAGAUUAUUUACCUAGGAGCGAUCAAAUUCCUUUGAGGAGAGAACCGCUUCCACAUCAUUUGAACAUGAGUGGAAUGGAUUUUCAUCAAUACCCCGCUUCGGACACAGCAUCUAUUAAUGGCAGUUCACAUCCUACGGGUCCUCGAGCUCCACCGGUGGGAAGCAAUGUAACAAUGGCAUCGACCGGAAAUCGCACAGCUCAAUUGCAGCAUUGGGGUCCUAAUCGAACGAGUAUCGCGAGCACGGUAAAUGGAAGUCACAAUUCAAGAUACGAUUCUUAUUCUACAAGUCAAUCCUCAAAUUAUGGAGGUCGAGUCUCCUUCGAUCAACAGAGCAUAGAUUCUAUGACCGAAAGAUCUAGCGUUCUCUCGUCGGGAAGUUCUGCGAAAACGGCUUUGCCAGGUUCUUAUUCGAAUGGUUCAUUAUCGCCAUCAUAUCAGCCAGGAGCAGGAAGAGAGCAACGAAUAACAAAAUUACCUCAGCACCUGAGCCCAGGAUACGGUUCGCCAGUCGCAUCGCCGGAUGGAUUCAAACUCAACAAACCCAGCGACGACAGGGUUAUCGAAGAACAGUUUUUGUCGCUGAUGCAGAAAAGAGGGUGGCACAAUUUACCCGAUCAAGCGCGCCGACAGAUGAUGGCUUAUACUCCAGCGAAAAAGUGGACUUUAGUACACCAAGAUCGCUUGACUGAAUGGCAAGGAGAACAGAAAAGGCGAACGAAUGCCAGGCAAACGGGUCAAUAUGGUUCGGCUAUGGAAAUGCUUCUGAAUGCAGAGGAAGAAGGAACCCCGGAAUGGUUCGUGAGGAAGGUUAUGGACAACAGUAUUUCAGCGAAGCAAUUACAAAGUUUAGCAGUCAGCCUUCGAACUCAGCCAAUUGGCUGGGUGAAGACUUUUGUGGAAUGCCAGGGCCAGGUUGCUCUAACAAACGUACUUGGGAAAAUCAAUCGGCGACAAGCUCAAGGACCAACUGGGCCAGAAGGAUCGAUCAGCGACAAGGAUUUGGAUAGGGAAUAUGAUAUUUGCAAAUGUUUGAAGGCUCUGAUGAACAACAAGUUUGGUGCCGAUGAUGCUUUACAACAUCAGCAAGUCAUUGUGGCUUUGGCUACCUCACUGGUGUCCCCCAGGAUUCCGACGAGGAGGGUCGCCAGUGAAGUUUUAACAUUCUUGUGUCAUUGGGCGGAUGGACAAGGCCAUUUGAAGGUUAUUCAGGCUAUGGAUUAUGUGAAAAAUCAACAGGGUGAAAAUGGACGGUUCGAUGCUUGGAUGCGUGUUGUUGAAGUUACUGUUGAUGGACGUGGAAAAAUGGGAAGUCUUGUGGGGGCUAGUGAAGAGGUUAGAAGCGGCGGUGCUGGCAUGGAGAAUCUGCUCAUGGAAUAUGCUUUGACUACUAUGUUUUUGAUUAACAUGGUAGUUGAUGCUCCCGAGAGGGACUUGCAACUCCGUGUUCACAUCAGGGCUCAAUUCACAGCAUGUGGUAUCAAGCGAAUUCUUACGAAGAUGGAGGGCUUCCAAUACGAUGUUCUCGACAAGCAAAUUGAAAGGUUUCGUACGAAUGAAGCUAUCGAUUAUGAGGAUCUUCUCGAGCGUGAGAACAGUAGUAUGAAGGAUAGUAUCGAAGGGGAAAUCAAGGAUCUUACCGACCCCGCUCAAAUUGUCGAUGCUAUCAUGCAAAAAGUUCAAGGCAGUAGAACUCAAGAUUACUUUGUUUCUGCGAUGCAACAUCUUCUGCUCAUCAGAGAUAGCGACAGCGAAGAACGACUGAGAAUGUUUCAACUCGUGGAUUCUAUGCUCAGUUAUGUCGCUAUGGAUAGGAGGCUUCCUGACAUGGACUUGAAACAAAGUCUCAAUUUCACAGUACAGAGUCUUUUGGAUAAAUUACACACGGAUUCUGAAGCUAGGCAAGCACUGGAUGAAGCACUCGAAGCCCGCCAGAUCGCCGAUUCGGCUAUGGCUGAAAGAGAUGAAAUGAAGGCUAGAAUUGAGCUUGGUGCAGAUGGACUUGUAGGCAAACUGCAAAAACAGUUGGACGAGCAAGCACAAAUAAUCGAAGUUCAGCGAAGACAAAUUGACGCAUUAAAGGGUGAGAUGGAAAAUAUUCAAACGGUUCGUGCCAAGGAAGCUCAAAGAAAUGAGCUUGAAACUAGAGAAUUAUACCUCAUGCUUCGUGAUGCACAAGAUAUUGCCGCAUCCAACGCUUCGAAGGGUGGAGCCGGCUUGGGUGAGACAGAUCCUUCACAUAUGAAAGGUAUAUUGGAUCGCGAAAGACUUAUGGAUCGUCUUGAGAUGCAAAUUGAGAGACAAAAGACACAAUAUAAGCUUGAAGGUAGAGUUUGGGGUGACGCAGCCAGUCCUUCUGAUCGUUUGAGAGCACUUCGUGAAGAAAUGGAUGGUAUAGAUCAUGGAUCGGAUGGCGGUCUCGGAGUUCCUCCAGGAGAUUACACUCAUGGCAUUCUUGGAAACGUAACGAGAUCAGCCAAGAUUCCUAGAAAGCCAAUUGGCGUGGAAGAAUUCUCGGAUGUCUCUGAUAUGGAAGAUGACGAAGGUAUGGUUUAUGAAAAGCCUCGCGUUGUCAAAAUGAGAAGACCAAAGCAAUCAAAGGGCUACUUGGACGAGAUGAGUUCCAAGGUCAAGCGUUAUGAUGCUAGCGAUGACGAUGACGAUGAUGAUGAAGAGAAUGAUGGAAUCACUACCGGACCUUCACACCCAAGUCUUGAGUCCGAUGGGCCAAAGACUCCUCAUGACCAGAACUCUUCAAAGACCAAUGGACCACCGCAAGCUCCAGGUUUCAAUGGUCCUCCACCUCCACCGCCACCUCCCCCACCUAUGCCAGGGCAAGGUCCUCCUGGUUUCAAUGGACCACCACCACCACCUCCACCUCCCCCUCCUCCAGGUAUGAAUGCACCAGUUGCGCCCGGGUUUGGUGGACCUCCACCUCCCCCUCCCCCUCCACCUCCUCCUGGUAUGCCUGGUAUGAAAGGAAUGCCUCCUCCGCCCCCACCACCUCCUCCACCUGGAAUGCCUGGCAAGAUGAGUGGGCAAUUUUUGUCACAACCAGCCUACAAUGCUGCGCCAACUCUUGGUAUGGGUGUUGCAAGAUCAAAGAAGAAGCUCAAGGUUAUUCAUUGGGAGAAGGUUGAUACUCCUAUGACCACUCACUGGGCUGCUCAUGCACCUACAGCAGCAGAAAAAGAAGAGAAAUAUGCCGAACUUACCCGUAAGGGUGUUCUUGAUGAAGUUGAGAAGUUGUUCUUAGCAAAGGAAAUCAAACAGAUUGGAAAGAGCAACAAAGCGAAGUCGGAUAAGAAGCAGAUCAUCUCAAGCGAUCUGAUGAGGACCUUCCAAAUUUCCCUUGCAAAAUUCUCCACGUAUGCCCCGGAUAAAAUUGCUCAGAUGAUUAUUCAUUGCGACACGGAUGUUCUAGAUAACCCUGUUGUGAUGGAUUUCUUGAUUAGAGAUGACAUGUGUAACAUUCCAGAAAACACGGCAAAACUUAUGGCACCAUAUAGUAAAGACUGGACUGGGCCUGAUGCAAACAAGGAGAAUCGCGAAUCGGACCCGAACGAAUUGACACGCGAAGAUCAAAUUUAUCUACAAACCGCCUUCGAAUUACGUCAUUACUGGAAGUCAAGAAUCAGAGCACUUUCACUUACUCGUACUUUUGAACAAGAAUAUGACGAGAUAUCUGACAAACUCAAACAAGUGGUUGCAGUAUCUGAAUCAUUACGAGACUCGGUAUCUUUAAUGAAUGUCCUGGGUCUGAUUCUUGACAUUGGUAAUUACAUGAACGAUUCUAACAAACAAGCGAGUGGUUUCAAAUUGAGUUCCUUGGCACGACUAGGAAUGGUUAAGGAUGACAAGAACGAAUCAACCUUUGCUGAUCUUGUUGAACGUAUUGUCCGAACACAAUACUCAGAAUGGGAAGGUUUCACUGAUGAUAUCGGUGGGGUUGUCGCGGCACAAAAGUUGAAUGUUGAGCAAUUACAACAAGAUGCCAGACGAUAUAUUGACAACAUCAAAAACGUUCAAAAUUCACUUGAUUCAGGUAAUCUCAGUGAUCCAAAGAAGUUUCAUCCUCAGGAUCGUGUCAGUCAAGUAGUUCAACGAUCAAUGAAGGAUGCCAGAAGGAAGGCUGAACAGAUGCAAUUGUUCUUGGAAGAGAUGAUUCGAACUUAUGAUGAUAUUAUGGUCUUCUAUGGUGAAGAUGCUGCUGAUGAGAAUGCAAGGAGAGAAUUCUUCGCUAAGCUUGCAAUUUUCGUAACCGAGUGGAAGAAGUCGAAGGAAAAGAACAUGAUUUUGGAAGCCCAAAGAAAGCGAAACGAGGAAUCAAUGAAACGAAAGCGAGCACAAAUAAAUGUUGGUGCCACAGCAUCUGCUGGGCCACCUUCACCGAGUUCAACGGGUGCUAUGGAUUCCUUACUGGAGAAAUUACGAGCUGCAGCACCACAAGCUCGUGAUCAAAGAGAUCGAAGACGGAGAGCAAGGCUGCAAAAUCGUCAUCAAGUUCGAGUUGCAUCUGGUCAAAAGAUUCCCGAUCCGGAUGAAAUACCAGAAGCUGAAGUGGGACUUAAGAGCCCUGAAUCAGUUAGUACAGAAGGUUUAUUGAGCCCUGACUUACCACCCCCAAGGGAAGUCGAAAAUGAAACCGAUGAUGUUGCUGAUAGAGCAGCUCAAUUGUUACAAGGCAUGAGGGGAGCUGAUGGGGCUGAUGAAGGGGAGGGAGAUACUGCUAGAAGGGACAGCGCUAGAAGAUCUAGGAGGAGGAACAACGCAGAGGAGGAAAGAAAUGAAAGGCGAAGACGUAGACAGAAGGCUGCAAGUACAUCCGAAGCUGCUAUACCAGGGACAGAAGAAGAACCAAACACGGAGGAAAAGUUGAAGGAAACUACGAUAUUGGUACCGGGGGCACCGUUAUCGGAAGAUGGUGAGAAACUGCUUACGCCAACGAUGAUUGUUAGUCCGCCUGUGGAUUCAGAAGUAGAGGGAUCCCCGCAGAAACCGAUUGAGUUGGAUGAGUGAUAAAAAUGUGGAUGUUGAGGGACUGUAGAUUAUGGGGAUAAAAAUAAGGACGGGGAUGAGAUGUGAUACGAGAAUUAAGGCCUUUUAAUGUCUAGUGCUACUUCAACGAAGGAUUCUUUUACGUCAAGAUACUUCUUGUACCUUAUUUUUCUUGAUUGGUAUGGAUGAGUAGAUGGUAGUAGGGAAUGGCUUCAUGUGCGUGGGAUGGAUGGAUGGAUGGACGAAUGGAGGGAGGGAAAUAAGGAAGGAAGAAAGGAAAGGGGAAAUGAGAAACAGGGGGAUGGGUGGAGGGGAGUUCAAGAGAAUUACUUACUUCGUUUCUGCAUAGCGUGCGUGGUGAAUGGUAUCGGUACUCAUUGAUUUGAUUGCCGGUUUGAGUUUCCUUUUUAUACACGUUGUGCAAUAAAGUUGAUUGGUGUCUGGGCAACUGGACGGAUGAAUGGAUAGGUGUUGUGGGAGAGUGAAAUCAUUGAGAAGAAGAUCGUAAGUGAAGAGUGUGGUGGAGAAGUAUGGAGAAGUAUAGAUACUUAUAUUGUUUUAAUUAAUAACAAUGAGAUGAUGGAAGA